AUGGCUGGUAUGUUGCCUGGUGUUGAAUGUGCUCGAAGAAGGAGGUUCCAUCAAAGUGGAGAUCCACUUGGUGUUCCAGCACAUGGCUGGACAAGAAGGCCAUCUUUUUGUUUGUACACAAGCAGCCAUGAGAGUUCUCAUGGUUCAGUCUCUUCUCUGAAGCAAAAGCAAAGAAGCAUAUUAAAUCAGGCAUACGACGAUGAGAAGCUGGGAGGAUUGGCAAGAGAAGCCAAGGAAAGAUUAGAUGAGAGGCUAAGAAUGCAAAAGAAGAAAUCAGAAACCACAAGGCACAAAAGCACAGGAAAUCUGAGAGGCGUGGAUAGCAGAUCAAUGGUACUAAGGGAGUUGCAAAUGGAGGUGCAUGGUCCAAAGAGGAGUGGGUCUAAAAGGUUCAAUUGGGCCAAACUGAGCUGGAAGGCUGCUGACCAAGAUGAGUGCACCAUCUGCCUCGAUCGGUUCAAGUCUGGUGAGACCCUGGUGCACCUGCCAUGUGCGCAUAGGUACCACCCUAAGUGUUUGGUGCCAUGGCUAGAAAACAAUGGCCAUUGCCCUUGUUGCAGAAUGGAAAUACGUGUUGAACUUUCCUAG